CCACGCUGUAUUAAUUUACGCUAUAAUUCUUUUUUCCUGGUGGCACCGCCAACAGCAAUUUUAUCGAUAGAAAAUUAAAAUCAUAUGCUUUUUGUUUACAUUUGUUACCAGGAACAAGUUUGAAGCCGAAUUUUUUCACUGUUGGAAAUUGCAAUGGAUAAUAAAAUUGACAAGGAAAGAAUGUAUAAAAUAACUUCAAAAUGUGAGGAAUUAUGUGAAAAUGCUAAAAACCCAUUGAUCAUGAAUAAUGAUUGUUGGCUUUUGAUUUGCGAACUACUAUCGUGCCAAGAUGUAUUAAAUCUGUCCAAAGUGUCACAAUCCUAUAAAAACCUUGUGCAAUAUCUUGUAUUACCGUCGAAAUUCACGACUUGGGAAAUGUCAUUUUCCUACCAUAACAUCAGUCUAGACGACUUUAAAUUUAUUCUAAGUUGCAUUUAUAAAACCGUGCGAGAACUACAUAUAUUGUUUCUACCCGAACGGCAUUUUGGGCUUUUGACUUCCUACCAAUUCCUAAAUGUCACUAAAAUGCGUAUUACGUUAUCUCGUCCUAUGAAUGAAACAGAUAUCUCUAAACUAAGCAACGUUUUUCCAAAUUUGCGAGAAUUCUCACCACAUGGAAUUUGCAGCAGUAAAGCAAUAGAAUUAUUCACAAAUUUGGAACAUUUGACACUAACAUGCUGCAGAAAGUUUACUAAAAGUGAUUUAGGUCGGAUACUAUUAACACUUAAUUUGAAAUCUUUAAAAUUAGAUAUUUUUAAAAAAGUCUCUCAUUUAAGUCGGGAAGAGUUUUUAAAAUUCAGUAAAAUUGAAGUCUUAACUCUUAACCGAAUUGAACUGGGGCUAAUUUCUGGGGUUAAUUUAUACUAUGAUCAUAAUUCAGUUAUAUUUAGCGGUCUUAAAGUAUUGAUAAUAACAGGUAACCUUAUUGAAGCAACAGAGGUCGAUAAACUAUUUGAAAACAUUCAGUUGAUUGUGCGUAGAGAUGUGAGUUCUAUAGAGAUCGCCAACGUUUCAGAGGACUUCCUUAAUACAUAUUUAAAUCCAGAAAAGUACGACUUUUUGAACCAAGUCAAUGUUCUAAAAUUUAUAAAUAUCACAAUUUUAAACAAUGUGAUUGGUAUGCCUAGCAAGUAUAAGGAUCUUAGAGAGCUUUAUUUUUUCUAUUGCCAUGCACCAAUGAAUUUGGAUAUUUUAAGCAUUAUAUCGAAUAGUCAGAAAUUAGAUGUAAUAAGUUUUGAAGAAUGCGAUAUCCCCCCUAUUGUUAUAAGCAAAGCCUUCAUAAACUCUUUAGGUAUUCGUAAAAAUGCAAUCGUAUUGAAUUGGUGUUCCAAAGAAAAGAAUCCUGAUGUAUAUUGCUAUAAUGAGUAUCGGAAUUUGAUAAAAUUAACAAAUGUCUCAUAUAUUUCCAGUAACUUUGACUCCAUGACAAUAAAAUUUAGAUAAUUUAUGCAUACUUAUAUAACUUGACGAAGAUAGCUGUGAACUAUAUAAAACGUAGUUUUAUAAGGUGGUCUUAAUUUAUAUUAUUUUAAUAUAUUUGUUAAUAUAAUAUUCUAAGAAAGUAUUACACAAAAGUUUAAAAUACAUUUGGAAUGAUAAUCAUGGUGUUAAUAUAAAUAUGCAACAUCUUUCUGGUUUUGCUAAUUUCAAAUGAAUAAUUAAAAUAUUGUAAUCGGUUUCAUAUGGUUUCAACUUGUUCAUUUAUAUUUAUAGUCCUGCUUUACAAAAUAAAGUCAUUAAUUUUACUUAUACAUCUACAAUAUAUGUGCCUAGGUAUUAUUAUAUUGUUAAAGUUUAAAUGACACAAAACCUUGCAAUUGCUUUAUAUUAGUGUAAUGGUGCAACUUUUCUGAUACCAAAACUUUGUCUGCGAUACAUAAAUACUGUGGAUAGAAAAUGACGUUUAAAUGCUCUUCAUUACGCAAGUCUAAUUCCUUUGGAAUAUUCUCUGAAACUGCCCAGUCUAACAGAUGUUUUUCCAAUAUCCAUUUAGAUGCCACAUCUCGGUAGUAGUUCUCUCGAAGUAUAUCAACUUUUUGAAGUUUUUCCAGAUAUUUCAAAGAUUUAUCGUGAUAUUUUUGAGAGUCUAUAGCUCGCAUCAGUAAGGCAGAUGUUAGCAAUGUCCACUUACUAUCUGGCUCGUAUUCUAACAAACUUUCGCACGACUCUAGUUGCGUCUGUAACUCUUUUAAAACACUUUCCGUAAAUGUAAAAGACUGGUUUGGUGGUUUGAAAAAGUAUACACUCUGGUUGUACGUCUUUAAAUUAAUUUUUUUUACAUUGAUGUCAGUAAUGUGGAAUUCCAAAAAAUAUCGAUCGUUAAUAUCUAAUAUUUUAUCAGCGUUAAGGUAGGAAAACCAUGUAGUAUCUGAUUUAGUACCGUUAAUAGAUUUCCAAUUUGCAAUUUUCUUCUUAAUUUUUCCGUUGGAAUCAGUUAUUACCACAUCUUCUUUGGUUAAAAUAAUUGGAUUAGUGAAUGAUAGGACUGCACGGUUACUAUCGCACCGAAAAGCACAUACAUCUAAUUCCUGUCGGGAGUAACCUAAUAACCAUCUUUGAUAAAACCAAGCACUACUAUCAUUUGGAUCUGUAAAUGCGGCCGUAAGUACCAUUUCCAGUUCUUCUUUCAGUUUUUCUUCAUUCAUUGCUUGCUUUGGUUGCGCAUUACCUUCAUAAGGAUACAAUUGUGGUAACAAUAAACUGCGAUGAUGCCACGAAGAGUAAUUUGAGAAAUUUGCUUUUAUUUUUUCUGUGCAAAAAUCCAGCUCAUUUUGUCUAGAUAUGCAUGCUUUUUCAACCACGUAGCGACGAUAAUCCCAAGUGUGAAAAUUUCGCUCAUCCAUUUUCAAAUAUUUAUUGCAAAGCAGGACUUCCCUCUCCCAAUUAGCAUUAGGACUGUGUUCUAAUGUCCAACACCGAUGGUGCCAGCCAUUAUACGAUUUCGGAUUUACUAAUAAGCACUGUUCGCUAAAAUUUAAUUCCGUGUCGUAAAUUGCUUGCCUCUGAUCCCCAUCAUCUAUAUUCAAUGAUCUUUGUUCAACACAUUCCCGUCUAAUGUUCCACAAUGUUGAUACAUCUGGAUUUCUAAGUAGUAUUUGCGAAGUAAGUGUCAACAUUUCGUCAUCCAGUUGUUGUAAACGACGUUUCUCCUGUAUUUUUCCCAUCGCGGCUCGAUAAGCUUUCACCUUAAGUGUUUGCUCUUUUUUCUUACGCUCGCGUUCCUCUUCAGUUGUGCGAACUUUCAGUCUUCCGUGCAUGUUGGAAUGGAUGUUAUGUUACUUAUUUUACAUGAAAUAGGAAUUUUAGCCAAUUCACUGAAUCACUGAUGCUGAUAAAA